AUGAGAGCGCGUGAACGCCGGUCUGCAUCUUCUGCACUCUCCGUUCACAUCCGCGCGUCUUUUUCUUUUUUUUCUUUUUUUCUUUUCUUUUUUUCUUCUUCCCCCGCUACUGGGCGCAGUUGUGCUGCAGGUGUGUCGCGGAGGAGUGCGGGGACAGAUGGCUGCGCUGACGAUCCAGAGGACUGACAACUUUUUGCAUACCUUUUUACAGGACCGGACCCCCAGCUCAUCUCCAGAAGGAGCAUCCAACGCCCUAUCUUUCCUGGCCACCACCUGUAGCCAGGCCUGGCAGGUGGGAGGCACGAUGGGCUCUGAAGGCUCCCAGUUUCCCUAUGAGGGUACAGUCAGUUCAACAUCGGGAAUGUUUCAGCUCUGGAGCAAUGAUGUGCCACCCAGCUCUGCCCUCAGCACACACCAGAUGACCUUCAGUGUUCCCAAGGUCCAGUUUGCCGGACACAUGCAGUCCAGUUUGGGUCACCACCACCAUCAUCAUCACCAUCACCACCACCACGAGCUGCCCCUCACCCCUCCGGCCGAGCCCCCAUCGUCCUAUUCCUUUGAACUUUCCCCCGUCAAAGUGCUCUCCUCUCAGCCACAGAGUAAUAGCCCCUAUUAUCCUCAACACAACAGUGUGGGACAGAACUUCCCUAGCUUCCUCCAGAACUCCUCAACCCGGCACCACCUGCCUGGAGGUCACGUGGAGGAGGGACAGCAGUGGUGGAGCUUACCGCAAACCAACGCAACCCCGUCUAACCACCCCUUCUCCCUGGGCCGCCAGCUAGUCCUGGGCCACCAGCCGCAGAUAGCUGCCCUUCUCCAAGGCACCUCCAAGGGCCUGCUGAGCUCCACGCGUCGCUGUCGACGCUGCAAAUGUCCCAACUGUCAGGCCAGUGGUGGAGGCCUAGAGUUUGGCAAGAAGAGACUGCAUAUUUGCCACAUCCCAGAGUGUGGCAAAGUGUACAAGAAAACCUCUCACCUCAAGGCCCACUUGCGCUGGCACGCUGGGGAGAGACCCUUCAUCUGCAACUGGCUCUUCUGUGGUAAGAGCUUUACUCGCUCAGACGAGCUCCAGCGGCACCUUCGUACACACACCGGAGAAAAGCGUUUCGGCUGCCAGCAGUGUGGGAAGAGGUUCAUGAGGAGUGACCAUCUUUCCAAACACGUCAAGACCCACCAGCUUAGGAAGAGCCGGUCCGGCCAGCCUUCACAACAUGGGUCCACAGACCCUUUGCUCACCAACAUCAAGAGAGAGUAA